UACUGCGGCGGGUGUCAGGCUGGGAGUGUCCACCCGCCCUCCACCAGUAUGGCCACAUCCUCCCAGUACCGCCAGCUGCUGAGUGACUACGGGCCACCAUCUCUAGGUUAUACCCAGGGAACUGGGAACAGCCAGGUACCCCAAAGCAAAUAUGCUGAGCUGCUGGCCAUCAUUGAAGAGUUGGGGAAAGAGAUUAGACCCACCUAUGCAGGGAGCAAGAGCGCCAUGGAGAGACUAAAACGAGGCAUCAUUCACGCCAGAGGACUGGUUCGAGAGUGCUUGGCUGAGACGGAACGGAAUGCCAGGUCCUAGCUGCCUAUCAGCGUAGAAGGUUUUCCAUCUUCUUCCAAGACCAGAAGUUACAGCUCAUCUCCCAUGUUCAGAUGAAACUCUUGUUUUCAAAAUGGUAACAGUUUGGUUUCUCCUUCCCGUGUCCCUCCCAUGGUUCAUGAGGCUCUGAGAUUGAGAAAUACUUUGCAGUUGACUAGGAUUUACAUUUUAAGUAGGAAUUACCCAGGGUUUUUUGUUUUUAUUUUUAUUUUUUUAAGCAUUUUUAUUUUUUUGUUUUCUUUUUUUUUAAGCAUUGAUUUAAAAGAUGCACGUAAAAGAUCCCUAUCUCACAGCAGAUAUCCCAGCUCCUUUCAUCCUCUUUUUGGAGUACACUUAAGUUACUCAGAUUGUUUUACACGAUCUUUCAUAAGCUAAUACAACUCUGAGGGUUUUGUUUUGAGUGCAUACGUUUGCCACAUGGUGUGGAUUCUGCUUAAUGUAACUUCUUUUGAGCUUAAUUAAGCAUUUGCUUGCAUGACUAUUAGUGCUUUGAGGUCAAUUUAAAAAAUGCACAAGUUAUAAAUACAGAAGAAAGAGCAACCUACCAAACCUAAUCUAACAAGAACUCCCCCUCCCCCACCAAAAUUUUCCAACUAAGACUGUGUGGAUUUCAGUUCUGCUUUUCCUGUAAGUUGAUCCAAACAUCUGGAAGAAAAUGACUAAAACUGUUUGCAUCUUUGUAUGUAUUUAUUACUUGAUGUAAUAAAGCUUAU